ACUGUAAAAGCUUUCCCCCCACCAAUCAGUGAAGAGAUCACGGUGCACGGUGCAACUCGAUACUAUUUCCCCACGUGGAUCUGUGCAAGGAAGUAGCCUACUCUGUAGACGCGUGUCUUUCGUGGUUUGUGAAAUCACAGUAUGGUCGUAAAAGCAAACAGUGACGCGUCCUCAACGAAGAAAAACAAGACCAUGAAAAAUCUAGAAGGGGUGAAGGGACCAGCGAAAGAGAAGAGGAAAAAGACCGACACUGAGGAAACGUCAGAGGUUGUAGCUAAAAAAGUAAAAAAACAGAAGGUGCAGGCAAAGCCAGAAGAGGAGGCACAACAUGUGGAGGAGGUGACUGUAGAGGCUGUACCUAAAAAAGUAAAAAAACAGAAGGUAAAGCCAGAAGAGGAGGCACAACAUGUGGAGGAGGUGACUGUAGAGGCUGUACCUAAAAAAGUAAAAAAACAGAAGGUAAAGCCAGAAGAGGAGGCACAACAUGUGGAAGAGGAGGAGGUGACUGUAGAGGUUGUAGCUAAAAAAGUAAAAAAACUGAAGGUGCAGGCAAAGCCAGAAGAGGAGGCACAAAAUAUGGAGGUGGAGGAGGUGACUGUAGAGGCUGUACCUAAAAAAGUAAAAAAACAGAAGGUAAAGCCAGAAGAGGAGGCACAACAUGUGGAUGAGGAGGAGGUGACUGGAGAGGUUGUAGCUAAAAAAGUAAAAAAACUGAAGGUGCAGGCAAAGCCAGAAGAGGAGGCACAAAAUAUGGAGGUGGAGGAGGUGACUGUAGAGGCUGUACCUAAAAAAGUAAAAAAACAGAAGGUAAAGCCAGAAGAGGAGGCACAACAUGUGGAAGAGGAGGAGGUGACUGGAGAGGUUGUAGCUAAAAAAGUAAAAAAACAAAAGGUAAAGCCAGAAGAGGAGGCACAACAUGUGGAAGAGGAGCAGGGGAAUGUAGAGGUUGUAGCUAAAAAAGUAAAAAAACAGAAGGUAAAGCCAGAAGAGGAGGCACAAAAUGUGGAGGAGGAGGAGAUGACUGGAGAGGUACGUAUACUCUGCACUCCAUGA